AUGAAGCGGUCAGCCUUGCUCGUUGUGGAUGUUCAGAAUGACUUCUGCGAGCCUGAGGGGUCCCUCGCGGUUCCGGGAUCGUUAAAAAUCAUUCCAAUCAUCAAUCAAUUAAAGGCUGAUAAUCAUUACGCGUGUGUCUAUUUGGCAUGCGAUGCUCAUCCUCCCGAUCAUUUUUCAUUCGCAUCGAAUCAUCCCGGUAAAGCGCCAUUUGAGAAAAUCGAAAUUGAUGGAACCGCAUUUGAUUUGUGGCCGGCGCAUUGUGUGAAGGGAACUCAGGGCGCACAAUUUCAUCCUCUCCUGAAUGUGAAUGAACGGGAUGUGAUCAUUGAGAAAGGAACUCUACGGCAUCGAGAAUGUUAUUCUGCGUUUGGGUCUCAAGAAGAAGACACGAAUAUAUUGAGUGAUUUGAAAUCGCGUCAGAUCGACUCUCUAGAUAUUGUUGGUCUGGCUCUUGAUUAUUGUGUAAAGGAAACAGCCAGGGAUGCAAUUCAAAACGGUUUUAGUGUUCGGGUAAUUGAAGAUGCAACAGCAGCAGUUGGAAAUUCGUUGAUUGUUCAAUCUGCAAAGGACACCCUGACGCGUCUUGGUGUUCAAUUCCUCCUUUCUUCUCAAUUGAAUGAAGGAAGCUGA